UAGAACGCGUUUGUAACUCGAGCGAAGCGCACGUGCUGUGAACAAAACUCGUGUCAGCAGCAGUUGAAGUGGACACAACAGAGAGCAUAAAAAGAGGCGCCCCUACAACUUUAACUGGGGCCAACAACAAGUUUUCUGGUGCGGUUCCGAAGAGCAAACAAAAGCAUUAAGCAUUUUGCCAGUCAUUUAAAAAUCAAUACUAAAACAGACAAAAAAAGCCAAAGAAAUUCAAAACAACAACAACAACAACAAGUGAACAAAGCAGCCAAGAAUCAAAUGAAGCAACAACUAAAGCAACAGCAAAUAACACGAAAUACAACAACAACAGCAGCAACAAUACGACGACGACAACAAAUUAAAUAAUCUGUGCAAUUUGCAAAAUACAACAACUAAAUAAACAACAACAGCUACUACAAAGCGAAGUGCAACAACAACAUGUCGGAGAGCAGCGAUAAUAAUGGCGAACAGCAAAGCCAGGGCCAAGGGGCGGAGGGCGAGGCCGUGGGUGAGAAUAAAAUGAAGUCGCGUCUGCGUAAAGGAGCCUUGAAGAAGAAAAACGUCUUCAAUGUCAAGGAUCAUUGUUUCAUCGCACGUUUCUUUAAGCAGCCCACAUUCUGCUCGCACUGCAAGGACUUUAUAUGCGGCUAUCAAUCGGGAUAUGCGUGGAUGGGCUUCGGCAAGCAAGGAUUCCAGUGUCAAGUUUGCUCCUAUGUGGUGCACAAGCGGUGCCAUGAAUACGUCACCUUCAUAUGCCCAGGCAAGGAUAAGGGCAUCGAUUCCGAUUCACCAAAAACUCAGCACCACUUCGAACCAUUCACAUACGCAGGACCCACAUUCUGUGACCAUUGUGGUUCCCUGUUGUAUGGCAUAUACCAUCAGGGUCUCAAAUGUUCAGCAUGCGAUAUGAAUGUUCAUGCCCGCUGCAAGGAGAACGUGCCCAGCCUUUGCGGCUGUGAUCAUACUGAGCGACGGGGUCGCAUCAAUCUGGAGAUAAAUGUCAAAGAGAAUCUACUCACCGUUCAGAUCAAGGAAGGGCGUAAUCUCAUACCAAUGGACCCCAACGGACUUAGCGAUCCGUACGUGAAGGUGAAGCUGAUACCAGAUGACAAGGAUCAGUCCAAGAAGAAGACGCGCACAAUCAAGGCGUGUUUGAAUCCUGUCUGGAAUGAGACCAUCAGCUAUGACCUCAAGCCAGAGGAUAAGGAUCGACGCAUUCUGAUCGAGGUGUGGGACUGGGAUCGCACUUCACGCAAUGAUUUUAUGGGCGCCUUGUCGUUUGGCAUUUCGGAGAUUAUCAAGAAUCCAACCAACGGCUGGUUCAAGCUACUCACCCAAGAGGAGGGCGAAUACUACAAUGUGCCCUGCGCGGAUGACCAACAGGAUUUGCUGAAGCUGAAGCAGAAGCCAUCGCAAAAGAAGCAGCCGGUGAUGCGCUGCGACACUCAUACGCACUCACAGUCCAAAAAGGACAUGAUACGUGCCACAGACUUUAAUUUCAUCAAGGUCCUAGGCAAGGGAUCCUUUGGCAAGGUACUGCUAGCAGAGCGCAAGGGUAGCGAGGAGCUCUACGCCAUUAAGAUACUCAAGAAGGAUGUGAUUAUCCAGGACGAUGAUGUGGAAUGCACGAUGAUUGAGAAGCGUGUGCUGGCGCUGGGCGAGAAGCCGCCGUUCCUUGUCCAGCUGCAUUCCUGUUUUCAGACAAUGGACCGCCUAUUCUUUGUCAUGGAAUAUGUGAACGGCGGCGAUUUGAUGUUUCAAAUACAACAAUUUGGCAAAUUCAAGGAACCAGUCGCCGUUUUCUAUGCUGCCGAAAUAGCUGCGGGUCUAUUUUAUCUGCACGCCAAGGGCAUCCUCUACAGAGAUCUCAAACUGGAUAAUGUCCUGCUCGACGCCGAUGGACAUGUGAAAAUUGCCGACUUUGGCAUGUGCAAAGAGAACAUAAUGGGCGAGAAGACGACCAAAACAUUCUGCGGAACACCCGACUACAUUGCACCCGAAAUAAUACUUUAUCAACCCUAUGGUAAGUCUGUGGAUUGGUGGGCUUAUGGUGUGCUGCUUUAUGAGAUGCUGGUUGGACAGCCACCAUUUGACGGCGAGGACGAAGAGGAGUUAUUUGCGGCCAUAACAGAUCACAAUGUUUCCUACCCGAAGAGUCUAAGCAAGGAAGCCAAGGAGGCGUGCAAAGGCUUCCUAACAAAGCAGCCCAAUAAGCGACUGGGUUGUGGCUCUUCAGGUGAAGAAGAUGUGCGUCUGCAUCCAUUUUUCCGACGCAUCGAUUGGGAGAAGAUUGAGAAUCGCGAAGUGCAGCCUCCAUUCAAGCCGAAAAUUAAACACCGAAAGGAUGUGUCCAAUUUUGACAAGCAAUUCACAUCAGAGAAAACAGACUUGACGCCAACGGAUAAAGUAUUUAUGAUGAACCUGGAUCAAUCGGAAUUUGUUGGCUUCUCCUACGUGAAUCCGGAAUACAUUCCAAAGCACUAAGCAACAAACGUUGAACUCAAUCUCAGCAAAUAGAUGAAUACAAAUACCUUACAAAAGAAUUCUACGAUUCGGGUCAGAGUUGUAACGUUGUUCGAUUAUAAUGUUGGCCCCUGCAUUAUCAUCAAAUCGAAAUAUACGUUUCACUAUGUUGAGAAGGAAAAUUUCACAAACCUAAUAUCAAAAAUAUCUUUGCAUAAUUUUUCACAAAUAUUUCAAGUGUUCUUGAGUCAACAAAUAAUAUUAAAACAUCCUUUUAUGUGUGCUUAUGAUUAUAUUAUAUGAAUAUUCAUUAUUCGGAAACAUUUUUAAUUCACAUAAAAGUUUUAUUUCUUAGCAGUAUGUAUAAGCCGAAUAUAUAGCGAAAGGAAUAUAUGAUCGGCAUAGAGUCUCAAUGUACCAUAAUAAAAAUAAACAAAAAACACGUAGCAAACAGAUUGCAUAGCAAUAAGUUAAAGCUAUAAUGUCUAAGUUUAGUCUAUUAGUAAAUAACGAUAUCAAAAGGAAGAAAGAUGAUAAUGUCAAAGAUAAAUUAUUGCUAUUAACUGCGCCAGAAGUGUAGCUUUCUAAAGUACUUACUUAUAGGUGGAAGGAAAUAUACCCAUUGUCUUUGUUUUGACACUUUAGUACCUAUCAAAAAUUAGAUGCUAAAACUACUGUUAAACAAUGAGAAAAGACAAUCUACUAUAAGCACAUGAAAUACCUUGAGUUACACAAACUAAACAAAAAAACAAAGAAAAGUAAACAGAGCAACAGUUAAAUGAAAUAAAAUUCAAACUUAACAUUUUUGGUAGCGCAACCUAAGCUAAGCUUUUGUGCCUCUUAUAGUUAUCUUUCUUUCAGCAAGCGUAAGAAAUUCUGAACUCUGAAAUUUAACUUUAAAAAGAAUAAUACAAAAUACAAGAAAAUUGUAACUUACAUAUUUAAUAAAUAUUACAUAAUACGUAUAGAAUUUAAUCAACUGAUAUCUCUGUAGCCAAGCUAUGUGCUAAAAAGUAGGGCACAAAAACCGAUAGAUUGAAACUAAACUAAACUUAACUAAACAAAAUGAUAAAAGCAAAAGGAAGAUAAGGAAAAUAUAGUAUGAAUUUGAUGAAAAUCUAAAGUAAUUUGACACAUAUUUAUAUAAAAGAUGUAUAACUCCGAACUUGAAGCAUUUAAAUCAUUUAUUUCAUAGCAAAAUGAUGCGUCGAAAUAUUAUGAUAAAUGAAAUCAAAUAUUCAUAUAUACGUAUUGUAAGCUAAAUAAAAAAUAACAUAACAUAAUAUGAUACUAUUUUAAUUUGAUAUAAACUAAUUUUGUGACUACUUAUGACUACGACGAGUACCACUAAAAGUUCAAGUUCAACAGAUUGUAUUUGCUCGUAUAUUGACCUAAAAUAUGAAUAUAAUAUAUUUAAUAUGACGAUUAAUAUGCAUAUGUAUGUGUGUGUAGUACGAAUAUAAGAUGAUUGAUUACUUUAAUGAAUUUGAUGGUAACAAAACAAAAUUUCCAAGUCUGUUCAAAUAUUGAAAAUAUUUACGCAUUAAAUCUAAAAUUACAACUAAACUUAAUAUUAAAGUUUAGAUAAAAUUAAUUUUACUAUUGAACUAUACAAAUCGCAUAUUUAUUAUUGACAUAUACAUA